AUGAAUGCCUUGAAGCUCUUCAUUGUCCUAGCAUUCACAUUAGCCUUAUUGGAUCCAUAUUUUGUGCAGGGAACAUACUAUGUGUAUGUUAUGAACGACUUGGGUCCAAAUGAGAUAUUGUUUAUUGAUUGUAGAUCCAAAGACGAUCGUCAUUAUCUUCCCCAAAGGCUUCCAUAUGGCCAAGAAUUUAUAAUGGAUAUUGAGAUAAACUUCUUUGUGACGACGCUUUACUGGUGCAACUUGGAUUGGAAGGAUAAACGUGGAAGUUUUGAGAUCUUCAAUGCCAAAAAAGAGUUAUUUAAGUGUGGUGGUGGCACAGAAGGUGACUGUUUUCGAAAGGUAAGAAAGGAUGGCAUAUAUUAUAACGAAGGAAAUAGAGAUGGAGACUACUGGAAGAAGUAUUCAUGGUAG